AUGAACUCCAUCGAGGCGCAGAUCCACCACACCGCAACUCCUGGCGUGAGUCCUCUCCAGCCCGUUCCUAAAAGUGCUCACGACGCGCCGGACAUGGCUGUGUAUUGUGACAACUUUGUUUACCACCAACAAAGUCUACCAGGCGCGCAGCGGCCGGCGGGUUAUGGACUCGGCGAUUACGCGCCAACCCCAAACCCAUAUCUGUGGCUUAAUGGCCCAGGAGUGAAUUCAUCUUCGUCCUACCUACAUGGAAACAACAGUGCCUCAUUCAUCCCGCCGUCCUACGGCUCCCAAAGGCAGUAUCUGACCAACUCGCCCGGGUUCGCUGCUCCAGACCUCGGAUGGCUCUCUAUAGCGAGCCAGGAGGAACUAUUGAAGCUCGUGCGCCCACCUUAUUCCUACUCGGCACUUAUAGCCAUGGCGAUACAGAACGCACACGAGAAGAAGCUGACAUUAAGUCAAAUUUAUCAGUAUGUGGCGGAUAACUUCCCAUUUUAUAAGAAGAGCAAGGCCGGAUGGCAGAAUUCCAUCAGACACAACCUCUCCCUCAAUGACUGUUUCAAAAAGGUGCCACGCGACGAGGACGACCCAGGAAAAGGGAAUUACUGGACUUUGGACCCAAACUGUGAAAAAAUGUUUGACAACGGAAACUUCCGUAGAAAAAGAAAACGCAGGUCAGAUUCUAGCGCUGGAGUCGCUGGCAGCACCAAAGCCGAGGAUGGUCGACCAAUUACAGGUAUUAAGUCCUCCGACAGUCCGCACCUGGGCGGGUCUGUAUCUCCAGAAAUAGACGCCGCAAACGAGAGCCGGAAAGGCGCGUCACCGACGAGCCUCGCGUCCGCGCCUUGCUUCAGCAACUUCUUCAGCAGUAUGUCCAGUUUAAGCUCAUCGCCAGGUCCUGUGGGUAGGCAGGGAUCUCUAGGACUGGUCAACGAGGUCACAAGUCGAAACAUAAGUGCCUUGAGUCCGUACCAUUCCAGCUCUGCGCAAGACACCGGGGGACCGAGUGAGCACUCCGACAGCAUGCCCAUGAACCGAGGCGUGUAUUAUAACUCGUUUGGUGGUGGCCAGAACGCACAGUUCAAUGGACACUUCUACAACAGUUUCAGCGUGAACAGUCUGAUAUACCCGCGAGAGGGCACGGAGUUAUGA